UCGAUAUAUUGAUAUAUUUUCAACAACCCAAAAAACAAGACGCGAAAAUGUUGUAAACACAACGGUGUACUAUGCGACCAUAUAAAUAUCUGAGAUUACAUACCGAAAAAUGGAAGCAAUAUCGAAGAUUUUCCUGAUAUUGUCUGCCUUGCUAUUCGUCGUGGUCAAUGCAGCAGUGGCCCUCAACAGUGCCGACAGCUGCCAGGCCACCUACAGUAGCGCGGAGGCUUUGCUGGCCCAUCCCGCGCGACCACAUCAUCCGCAGAUAAGACCCAGGCAGAGGACAUGGCAGGAGCACGAGUUCUCCCUGCUGGGUUACAAGUUCCACUUGCCGUUUGUGGGGCAUGCAGUCGAUGCGGAUUUAGAUGAUAGUGACAGUGACGAGGGUCUGUGGCUGGACGACCUAAAUGACGGAGCGGAGAGCAGGGAGGAUGUGGAGGAGUACGAGCUGCAUUCAGGGAAUCUGCCGGUGGAUCCCUCGGCUAACGUGUUCAAGCUGAGCUGCGAGCAUGUGGGCGUUGGACAUGUAAACCAGGAGCUGAUCUCCCUAAGGAGUGCGCACAUCAACUACCACCAGCUGAAACUAGACCACGUGCCAGCGGAUCUCGGCGUUUCCCUCCAUCUGCCGCAGUUCGAGAGCGUACAUGAGUUCUCUUGGCUAGAGAGCAACCUAGCAGAUGCAGCGCUUGGAGAGCUCUUUUCCCGUCAAACGCGGUGCUUUGAGAACAUGGAGCACCUCGACCUCGGCGAGAAUCGUCUGGAGUGCCUCAACUGGGCCGUUCCCCAGGCCAUGCGCAGCCUAAAAGUACUUAAGAUGAGCGGCAACCGACUGGCCAACUGUAGUCUGAUCAACCUGCAGCACAUGGACAAACUGCAAGAGCUGCACAUGGACAGAAAUGGCCUGACUGCCUUGCCCCAGCGCUUCCUUGGCUCCCUGGGCGAACUGCGCCUUCUGAAUCUCAGUCAGAAUAUGCUGGCGGAGCUUCCACGGGACAUCUUUGGCGGAGCAUUGAAGCUGGAACGCCUUUAUCUCGCUGGAAAUAAGCUAAGCGUGGUGCCCUUCCAGCUGUUCCAGACAGCACGAGACCUCAAGGUGUUAGAUCUCAGCGACAACCGCCUGCUCUCCUUCCCGGAUAAUUUCUUUGCCCGCAACACGCAGCUCCGGCAGCUGCAUCUGCAGCGCAAUCAGCUAAAGUCGAUCGGCAAACACAGCCUUUACAAUCUGCGCGAGCUGCAGCAGCUGGAUCUCAGUCAGAACUCACUGACCAUUAUCGAUCGCAAGGCUUUUGAGUCGCUGAGCCAGCUGCUGUCGCUGAAUGUGUCCAGCAACAACCUGACCGGACUGUCCUCCAUCAUCUUCCAGCAUCUGCAUGCCCUCAAGCAGUUGGAUCUCAGCCGGAACCCGUUUAAACAGCUGCCCAGCGGUCUCUUCCAGAUGCAGCGGUCCUUGGUGCUUUUGCGCAUCGAUGAGACGCCCAUUGAGCAGUUCUCCAACUGGAUAUCGCGUUUCGAUGAGUCGCUGGUGGAUCCAAAUGUACUCCAUCGCCUACGUUACCUCUCCCUGCAGCAGAAUCCGCGGCUGACGCAGCUGCCGGCAACUCUGUUCACCAAUGCUCGGAACCUUAAGGAGCUACUGCUGGCUGAAAAUGGAUUACUACAGCUGCCAACACAGAUAUCUGGGCUGUCGCGGCUGCAACGGCUCAGUGUGCGGGGAAACCGCCUGGGAUCGCUGCCCGAGGGCCUGAAGGAGCUCCGGCAGCUGCACUACCUCAACAUACUGGGCAACGAGUACCAGUGUGACUGCAGCAUGUACUGGCUGUCUGCUUGGCUGGUCAACGGCAGCACCAGUCUGCGACGUCAGCCCCACUCACAGGCGGAGGGCAAUAGUCCAAAUCCUAGCCAAACACCCCUGGACUCGUACGAGAGCAUCGACGACCAGAUCGAGGCGUUGAAGUGCCAAUAUGGCUAUCCGGGUGACAUGCUGCGCGUCCUGAGCAACCUCAACUGCAGUGUGCCCUCGGUGGUGCAGUUCUCGGAGCCAAAGAUGCACAAGCUUCUCUCAACCGCCAAACUGGAGUGCCAGAUCUCCGGUAGUCCCGUGCCAGACAUUAUUUGGGUUACUCCCCGCAACAAGAUUCUGCGACACCAUGCUGAUCCAGACAAGCGCCCCAUUAUCAUUGAUAGCAAGGAGGAUGCCCAUCAACCACCAAGUGCGCAGGAGUUGGCCGCUUUAAUGGAUGAGAGUUACAUUCAGUCGCUAAACCUGACCCGUCAGCAGAGUCUGGUGGGUCAGCGUGUUGUACUCGUGGAGAAUGGAUCGCUGUUGGUGCACAAUAUCUCCAGAAUAGACAGCGGCCUGUACACCUGCUAUGCCUUCAAUGUGAUGGGCAAAGCAUCGGCAGGAUUAAGACUGUACAUCGAUCCGAUUGUAUUCUACCGGGUAAAGAUUGGCAGCAUACUGUUUGGCACUGCCCUGGCCACCGCCUUCCUGCUGCUCACGCUGAUGGUUCAGGGCUUGAGGAGCUGCCUGUCGUGGGGCAUCUGCGACCGGUUCUACUGCUGCGCUAAUCGUAACAAGAAGUCACCGCGGCCGCAAAUCUACGCCAUGCUGGACAGCAUCGAGACUUACAAGAGCCAGCAGCUGGAGCGACUGCGCGAGAAUUACACCCAGCAAGUGCACCGCAUCCGCGAGAACUGUGUGCAGCAGGUGGAGUGGAUACAGAGCAGCUACACCACCCAGGCCAAGCACAUACGCGAGUUCCGCGACAUGGGAUCGAACCACCUGACGGCGCUGAAGGAUCAGUACUACGACCAGGUGAAGAAGGUGCGUGACUACUCCACCGGCCAGCUGAGCUGGGUAAGGGAGAACUACGUCUUCCAGCGGAAUAAGAUCCGGAAAUUUAGUGCGCACCAAGUGCUGCGCCUCCGGGAGGGCUACAAGUACCAACAGCAAACACUGAACAAGGUGCUGGAAAACCUGCCCAGUUUCUAUUUUGAAAAUUGCCGCGGACGUUGCGAAGAGGACAUUGCCGAGGACAUAGACUGUUAUUUCAAAGGACAAAUGGACUUUGCUGGCUCUAAGGAGCUAAACAUACAGAAAAUAAGACGCCUAUCUGCCAAUUACUCGGCCAGCAAGGCAUCAAUUUACUACACCCCGCCAGAGGACGAUCUGCUGCACUGCUCCCAUUUAAAUCUGCAGACCUCGCCCAUUCACAUUAACUACAUCGACGAGAAUCUCGACCAGCAGAAGCAGCUGGAGCGAGACUUCAAGAUGGAACCGCAGCUGCUGCUCUACAAUACCCCGAUGCUCUAUCUGAAUCCCGAGGGAGCAAGCAGUAGUGGCCAGGCGGCGGCCAUGGCGGCAGCCAUCGCUUUGGCGCAGAGCAUUAGCGUGGAGGAUAACAACCAAGCACAGGAGCUGCAGCUGAGGGAGUGCAGCGACCACUUGGACCUGCCUGAACUGAAGGACUCGAACGACGUGAAAAACUCAAAAUCGUGCCCGGCCAUUUAUAAGGUUUCCAAACAGCACGACGGCAGCACGGUUCACGAGCUACAGAAAGAGGGCGAGGAGCCCUACCAAAUGCUGCGCCUGAAUCCUGUAGAGACCACGUCGACGCCGACGCAGAGGAGGACAGAGAAGCUGAACAUUGUCCUUGAUGAGUGUGGCAAGGCGUCAUUGUGCAAGACGGAGGAGCAGACAUCCAAUGGAACGGACAGCGGAACUCCCCCGUCGGUAUCCAGUGGCGAUUCCAAUAGUUCGGAUGCCAGUUGCGGCGAUGUGUGCCAAGCGGCCAUCCAUAAGCAGUUCCCUCUCCCAUCCUCUCCUGAGGCAGAUCCUGCCAGCACCUAGAGAUUUUUUUUAUAAUUUUAAAUUAGUAAUUGAAAUAACGAAAAAAUAUACAAAUUGUAAAGAAAAUGUAACACACAUCUGCUAAAGAACUUAAAGUUAAUGAUUACAGUUUACGAUUUACGGUAAGGCAGCAAACAAUAAUUACCAUAUAGAGUUAAUUAGCGAAACAAAUGAAUUGAAAUGCUGAACACACAUUCGAGAAUAUCGGAGCAAGUUAUACGAACAGAGCAGAAUAUCCAAAUUCAAAAAGGAAUAUAAAAUCGAGGUUAAAACACUCACUCUCCUGGAAUCUAUCUAUCGCUAAGGUAUCAUCAUGUCAAUAAUACUUGAAAAGAGCCCCCAUUUGUGAUUUCAUUCUACAUUUACGAGUAUAGAGCAUCAAACAAAACUAUAAAAGGGACGAGAGCAGGGCGUAUUUUAAAGUGAAACCGACAAAUUUUAAUCAAAACCUGUAUGAAAAUUAUAAAAACAAAAUAA